CGCCCCCUGAGCCGGGUCCUAUAAAAGCACUGGCUGUCUCCUUCUCACUGAGAUAAAACCGUCCCGGCGGCUCCGGCACCAGGGUCCAGCCUGCGACAGACAGCCCAUCCAGGCUUGGACGCUGGAUCAACACCUGUGACUUCACGUGUGCGCUCCCGCUACAUCUGUAGUCACAUCUAUAGCCACCCUGGCCGAGGAAUCCACACUUAGGUUCGGAACCUAGGUGGCUACAAGUUCUCAAACCUCAUCUGUGACCCUCAACACCCUACACCUGGGUCACAUUUGUGACACUUAAAUUCCCACUUGUGACCAACACACAUAAUCACAUUUGUGACACUUGGCCACACUAUCUGUGGCAACAACCUGAAACAUCAGUGACAUCCGAGGGACUCUUACCUCAUUUGUAAUAGCUGACUGCUCCAGUGGCUACAACUUGUCACAGAGUUGGACCACUCUGAUUCUCCCAGACUGUCCUUGUAGGAGCAAUGGCCACAGAGAGGGGACCCCAGCGCAUGCUGUUCGGAGAGUGGCUACUGGGUGAGGUCAGUAGCGGCCAGUAUGAGGGCCUUCGGUGGCUGGACGAGGCUCACACAGUUUUCCGUGUGCCCUGGAAGCAUUUUGGGCGCAAGGAUCUGGACGAAGCUGAUGCACGUAUCUUUAAGGCCUGGGCUGUGGCCCGAGGGAGGUGGCCACCUAGCGGCGGUAACCUGCCAUCCCCAGAGGCCGAGGCUGCUGAGCGAGCAGGCUGGAAAACCAACUUCCGCUGUGCACUCCACAGCACAGGGCGCUUUAUCUUGCGUCAAGACAAUUCAGGGGACCCCGCUGACCCGCACAAGGUGUAUGAACUUAGCCUGGAGCUUGGAUCUACUGAAGGCCGGGCCAUGGAAAAUAGGGAAGAAGUGACCCUCAGCAACGCCGUACCCACACAGGGUGUGUCCCUAGGACCGUUCUCCACAAGAGGAAAUGCUGGGCUCCAAACCCCAAGCCCUCCGCUUUCUGGGGAUACUGGGGAACUUUCUGGUGAUAACGAGGACCUCUUGCUUCAGGUUUUGGAGUACAGCCUCCUGGAGGACCACCUACUGGAAUAUGAGUCUGGGGCAAACUCAGUUCCAUCACAGGAGCCUGGCGGGAAGCAAGAACAUGCUUCUGCGGAGCCACAUGCAGCAUGGCAGGUGGAAGCUGUCCCCAGCCCCAGGCUUCAACACCCAGCUCUGAUGACUGAGCGCAAUCUAGGGUUCCUGGAUGUGACCAUCAUGUACAAGGGCCGCACAGUGCUACAGGCAAUGGUGGGGUACCCCAGCUGCGUGUUCCUGUAUAGCCCCAUGAACUCGGCGAUAAACCCAGCACCCCAGCCAGUGAUUUUUCCCAGCCCUGCUGAACUACCAGAUCAGAAGCAGCUGCAAUACACAGAGACACUUCUGCAGCAUGUGUCUCCAGGCCUUCAGCUGGAGCUGCGGGGGCCUUCACUGUGGGCCCUUCGCAUGGGCAAGUGCAAGGUGUACUGGGAGGUGGGCAGCCCCAUGGGCUCCACCAACCCCUCCACCCCAGCCCAGCUGUUGGAGCGCAACUGCCAUACCCCAAUCUUCGACUUCAGCACUUUCUUCAGAGAGUUGGAAGAGUUUCGGACCCGGAAGCGGCAAGGAUCACCACACUACACCAUCUACCUGGGAUUUGGGCAAGACUUGUCAGCAGGGAGGCCCAAGGAGAAAAGCCUAAUUCUGGUGAAGCUGGAGCCAUGGCUGUGCAAAGCACACUUGGAAGGUGUGCAGCGUGAGGGUGCGUCCUCCCUGGACAGCAGUAGUCUUGGCCUGUGCCUGUCUAGCACCAACAGUCUCUACGAUGACAUUGAACACUUCCUCAUGGAGGUGGGUCAGUGGACCUAGCCCAUAAAUACUACCCACUCAAUAAAGAGUCGAGAACCA